ACUCUCAAACCGUAUAUUAUAAACUCAUCCAAUACCCCCCCUCUUCUCGUCUCUCCCUUUUCCCCCCAAAUUCCGAUAAAGAACAACCCUAAUUUCUUCUUCUUCGUCAGCGCACAAACCAAUUUUCCCGAUCCAUCCGUCCGAUUUAUCUUCCGUUACAGAUAACUGAACAGGAGAUUAACGAUGGAAUCAUCUUCGUCUUUCAUAACGCCUGAAGAUGUAAUGGGAACACUGAUGAACGAUGGAACUAUUGAUUCCAUGAGGUUGAAGAUCAUUACUCAGCUCAAAGCUAAUGAAGAGCUGAAAAAUACCACCAUAAAGAUGGUUGAGCAAAGCAGAGUUCUGAACACCCCUGGUGCUGAAAAGCAGACCAAACGGGAGCUCUUUGAUGCACUGCGGCAAGAACUUGAGACUUCAGUGCUCGAGAAAGCCUCUAAAUCAGUUUGGGAGCUUAUUUUGGAUAACAAUGGGAUAGGGAAGGAAAUAAGUGAAACUGUUGAACAAGUAUUCUGUCGGUUGAGUGGAAGAGAAGCACCAUUAUUUGUGUCGGAUUUUCGACCUCAACCAGAGAAAGGGAAAGAGCAAAAAGGCAGGGAGAAAGAGGAAAGAAGGGAAACUGGGAAAGAUAGUUCUGAAUCUGCAGCAAAGAAGAGAAAGAUGAAUACAGAAGAGGAGUUUGACGAAGCAGUCUGCAAAUCUAGUGACAAAUCAACCUCAUCAGAUGAUUCAGGCAUAGAUGUGUUGUGCAGGAUGUUAUUUUUCAUUGUUGUUGCUGAAACGAAGCUUGUAUUGAUAGCAAGUAGAAGUUACAACCUCCACAGUAGUACAGUAAAAGAAGGGAAAAUUAAAAGCCGGGGGGUUACUUAGCAGCAACGGAGCAUCGUCUUCAGCAGAGCAGUUAGCAACCUUCAAGCAGAUUACAUUUGCAAGUAUUUAGGUGUGGGUCCAGUAAGCAUGUGGAGGAGUACAUGAGAGUCUGUUUCGAUUACAAGUGAGCGCAACUUUUUGCAGUAGCAAGUUGCAACCCAAGCAUCUGUGCAUGUAGUUCAGCAUAUAUAGUGAUUGCAUGUAUCCAACAACCCCAGUAAAAUCGUGAAUAACACCAGCAGCCCCACCUGUGUGUUUUGUCGAGCGGUAGGUGCUCUGCUUUUUAGUGUUUGAUUGGGAGGAAAGGAGACAGUAAAAUUCAGAAAUUUCAAAUCUUAAGUGUACAUGUGAAGAAGAGGAAAGCAACCAAGUUAGAUUGUUUUUACUCUUGCUUAUACGGCCAUUUUACUGUAAAUCCUAUUCAUGUUGAAUGAAAAUGUGAAUAUCUAUCCUUCUCUUAGC